AUCUUUGCAACAACACUCUCGCUGUGGUAAUGUCUUCUCCUCCAUAACCUCCUUAUAAUAGUUUGUAUCGGCCUGCGAGGCAAACUAGGUUCGCGUCUCCGCGGCUUCGCUUGCUGUCGUGGUUCAAGAGAUGAGCGUUCGGGGACUUACAUCUUAUCUGAAAGAGUCAGCUCCAUUCCUUGGAAGACAGAUCGAGCUGCGAGACACAAAGCUCAUCAUAGACGGAGAUAACUUGUGUAACUACCUGUAUAAAGAAAACGGCUUCGAUUGCCGGUGUGGGGGACAGUACGAGGAGUUUUACAUGAAAGUGCUGUUGUUUUUCGACGCUUUAAAAUCUAAAGGUGUAGAAUCUUUCGUAGUUUUAGAUGGUGCAUAUGAUAAAAGCGAUAACAAGUUGGAAACGCAGAAGAAAAGAGCACAGGAAAGGAUCGAAACGGCUGACCGGUUGUUCAAGGAUGAAACUUCGCCUGAUGGCGAUGAAUACUUUCUACUUCCGCUUUUGGCGAAGUUUGUAUUCGCACAGGUCCUCAGGGAUCACCUCAUAAGAUUCGCUGUUUCUGACUGUGAAGCAGAUCCUGACAUCGCCUCUUUAGCCAGGGAUUGGAAAUGUCCUGUUUUGAGCAACGACAGCGAUUUCUUCAUCUUUGAUGUUGAGGGUGGCUUCAUCCCACUUUCUUCUUUCGAUGUCGAUCAUUUAACAGCUCGCAUUUUCUACCGCAGUAACUUGGCAAGAUAUUUUGGAAUACGCGAAGAAUUGCUCCCUUUGUUCGCUUCCUUACUAGGCAAUGAUUACGUGAGUUGGGAAGCGCUGAAAUCCUUCAACCGCACAAUUUGGACUCUUUUCAGUGAUGGUCGCAGAGGAAAGGAAGUGAGGUUUUUAGGCGUCGCAAGUUUGCUCUCCCAGUUCUCUGACUCAAUCACAGAAACAAAAGCGUUUGAGUUCGCUUUGGAAUUGAUUGAGCCGGGUGAAAGCAGAGAGCGGCUAAAGCAAGCUGUCGAGUAUUCCCUUCAAGAAUACACAGUCACGAAAUCAAAUGUGUUGAAUUACUUCCGAGACGAAGCGGUAUGUAGUCUUCUGAGAACCCAAAAUAAUCUCGAACUUGACGAAGAGGUAUUGCGCACGUUUCGCGAAGGAAAGUUUUCUACCGAUUCUAUGAGCAGCUUAGCGGCGGGAAAAGUUUUUCUGAGAGUCCAGGUUGAGGACCGUGAGAGCAGAUCGUCAAAUCAGUGUUCAAUGUCAUUGAGACAGCUGGCGUAUGAUAUCUUAAGCGAUGAAGGAAGAAACAUGAAGAAGGUCGAAGAAUGGGAUAGAGAGGGCAUUGCAGUUAAGCACACAGAUAUUAAGCCUUACAAUGAUGGGGUCCCUUCGUUGAGCUCUAUUCCAAGCCUUGAUCUUCAAAAGAGAUUGACGUUGUUCUUGGAUGCGCUUGAUUCAGACACAUGGGAAAUGAUUACGUAA